AUGCCUCCCAUUUUCACUUGUGCAGCGGCUUUAAAUCCUAAGAUUGGACUUGAUGGUGUAGAGAAUAUUCUAGAGGAUAUCGAGGGAUACUUAGGAUUAGAUAGUGAUUAUGCAAAGGUUAGUAUGACAAAAUGUUGUGAUACUUUACAUGAAGUGUUUGAUUACUAUGAUAAGAUGCAUAGAUCAAAAAGUCGUGAAAGAAAUAUGACAAAGGAAUCGGGUUCAAGAAACAUAGUGAUGGAAUCGGUUUUAAGAAGGAAAUCAAGAAGCUUGACAAUUUUGAAUGAACUGGAGCUAUAUAAAAACACCGAUUUUAUAAAUGUUAUGAGUUAUGAUGAAUAUGAGAAUUGUAAUAUGUUGGAAUGGUGGAGAAAUAAAGGGCGUUAUCAGUAUCCUGUUAUGGGGGAAAUGGUACGUGAUAUGAUAACUGUGCAGGCUAGUACAAUGGGUUUGGAGUUUGGUUUUUGUUUGCAUGGCAGGGUUUUGGAUGAGUUGACGACGUGGAAGCUAAAGCCACGAUGGGAGGAAAUGCGCAUGUUCUUGAAGGAGCAUUAUGAUGAUAAUGAAGGGAAGGAAAAUGUUGAUUUGAUUGAAGAUGAUGAUGAUGAUGAUGAUGAUGAUGGAAGUGAAGAUGUGGAAAAUUUUCUGAUAGAUCGGAUAAAGGAGGAAGUUUUUGGAAGUGAUUGCGAAGAUUAUGAUUAA